CGUUGUCGCGCGCGCGGCGUGCGCGAGGACAGUAUGGGCCGAGUGCCUUCAAACUGCUCUUAGCAGCGCGGGCACCCGUAGGCGUUCGCACACCGGUAAAGGUGGGCUGUGGAAGACCUCUGUGAGCCAGCGCGGCCUCCAGUAACGCGAUGUGGGCGCUGUACAGUGCCAAAACUUCCGCUUGGAGUGCGCUUUCUAGUGUCUUACUGGACGCUAGCUAGUGCGUGGUGGCACGUUUUCAGGUAUCGCGGGGGCCUCGCUCAGGCUAGUCUUGGGAAGCCCCCCGUCUGUGCCUGCCUGGUUCUGGUGGGCGAGUGGUGAUCGUCCCCGGCAUCCGAGUGCGCUCGCGCGCCGCUGGUGGGGCCUUGAGCCCUCCGGACGACGACGUCUCUGGCGUUGCCGUCUGAAUUCCGGACGCCCGGCCGGGUGCGGGUGGGCCCGCCGCGGUCCUAGUGGCCGUGGUGCGCCGAGUCCGUUGAGCCAGUUAGAGGACCGCGUCGGGUCCAGUUUCAGCCUUACGGGCUCGUUGGGCUAGGGGGCUAGCGUGCGGGUUUGGGUAAGCAGCGGGAGGGAGGGCACGCGCAUCACGAGCCGCAUUUCCGCCGCACUAUCUAUGUGACAUUGAUAAUAUAUCAUGAGGCAUCUAUUUUUUGCACACCCAAAAGCCUGAGACCUAUGCUACGGUGCACGCUAGCCGUCGCGGCGUGCACAGCUUUGCAGCUGCCCAGCACAAGGCAGCAGCCGCUCACGAAGCACGCGAAGCCGCCAAGCGCGAAGCCGCCAAGCACCCCGCCGCAGGACCCAUUCGCGGCGGAGACGACGCGCCGUGCCGCCCUGCGCACCACCGCCGCUUCAAUAGCGUUCGCCGCGCUGCCGGCCAUCGCGAAGCGGGCACCGGAGGAGCAGCUCGUCUGGAUCCCCGUGGCAAGUGAUGUAGCGUCCAAACCCCAAUUGGCCUUCGCGCAAGUCGAGAAGCGCUACGGGCUGCGGUUCGUCGAGUACCUCGCGCGCAUUUUACUCAACUACGACCCGGCCUCCCGAAGGUGGUGGGAGGCGAGGAGACGCGAGGCCGCCGGCGCGUCAUCUGCUGAUCAGAGAGCACGGAAGCGCCAGCAGGCCUAUUCUUCCUUCGUGGCAUCUGUCGAGUUAUCCCUAGCCCGAGGCUACUUGGACGACGCCGGCACGGCGAAAUUGUUCGACGCUUUGUCGACGAACGUCUUACCGAGAACCAUUGCGGGUAGAAGAAGACUAGCACAGCUCGGAGCCCUGUCGACGACGGACCUCAAACCCACGGCAUCUGCGGUCAUAAACGCCCAGAACGGCACUAUAGACAGAGUCGAGGUCCUGCAAGGCGGCGGCGGCUACGCGUUGAAGCCCCCACCGAAGGUCUCCGUGGACUUCACGCCCACGAGCAACAAGACGUUCUUCGACGGGCCCCAGACGAACUACGCCGAAAACUCCGAAGCCCCAAAAUUCACCGUCAAAAUGACGCCGACCGGCAAGGUCGCCUGCGGCGACUUGAUCUCGAAGGGCGGCGGGUAUGAUCAAGCGCCCUUCGUGAAGGCGCCUCCACCACCUCUUGGUGGUACUCCUGCUAAAUUAACGGCUAUAGUACAAAAUGGCUCCGUGACCGAGAUUCUCGUCGAGGACCCGGGUAGUGGGUACGAUGGAGGGAAGGUCGUACCUUUGAUAAUAGGCCCGCCGAAUCGAGGCGGACUGCAGGCCACGGCGACCGUAGGCUGGGACUACGCGGUCGGUGAGAUUCUGGUGGAGUCGGGCGGUUCGGGUUUUAACGAGUCCGGUACCUUGUCGUUGAUGAUACCCGCUGGUGCGAAAGGGCAAGCUAAAGCGAUAGCUACGUUGACCAAGGGCGACUGCGGCUGUCUCAAUCUCAAAAGAAGUGACUUCCGCGGGAACUCGUCUGAUAACUUGCUGAGGUUGUUGCCUGCGGGUUUGGCGCCUACUCUGAGAAGGGGCAGGUACGUCAUACCCGAAGUGGAAGCCUUAGAGUAUAAUCAAACACAACAGACGGGUGUGGACUACGUCUUCGGUACCCGAGGCUUAGAGCCCGUGAGAGAAGAUGAAGUGACUCUACAACAGUACGCCGUGCUCGGGGCUUGUGGUGCUGUGUGUACGGCCGCUGCUCAUGUCGCCUUGACACCGCUAGAACUGGUAAAAACGAAGCUCCAAACUAGUUCAGCAACUUCUGCCGUGGACGUAACCAAAGAAAUCUACGAGGAAGAUGGGCUACUCGCCUUGUUCGCGGGUUGGGAGCCUAUUAUCGUAGGAUAUUUCAUCAAUGGCUUCUUCGCCUUCGGUUUGACGGAGUUCCUGAAGCGCAUCGUGGCCGCUCAACUCGCGUCGGACCAGGCCUGGGCGGCAACAGUCGUCGGAAGUUUGGGUGCGGCGGUCGUCGCUGUCGCUGUCGUGACACCUUUUGAGGCCGCGAAGGUGAGGAUACAGACGCUGAAGGCCAAUCCCUCGUUACUGGAUACGUGGUCCGUACUGAUAGAAGAACGAGGGGGCUGGUAUGAUGGUUUAUUUGGAAGGAGCCUCGGUGCCCUCAUAGCGAAGGACGUCGUGUUUGCCGCUUUUAAAUUCGCGGUCUUCGAUGCUGUCAGAGGCGCGAUACUCCAGGCCUACCCCCCGGCGGCCAAUGAUGCUUUAUUUGUGUCUAUCAUCGCGGGCGCCGUCGCGGGCGCCUGCGGGGCUGUUGCGAGUCAGCCCUUGGAUACGACCUUUGCGAGGGUGGAGACCGCGAAGAAGGGCCAGGACACGGGAGUGUUCGCGACGUUCCGACGGGUCGUCGACGAGGAGGGCUUUGAUGCUUUGUACGCCGGCCUCGCGCCGCGCAUGUUCUUCGCCGCGGCGUUAUUGGCCAUCGAGUUCGCCAUCUUCGAGGCGUUGCGGGACGCGUUCCACGUGUCGCGCGACGACUUCGCCUACGCUUUGGAUGCUCUAGCGACGGCCGUGCGGACGCCGUCGGCCGCGCCCGCGUUGCUUGAUUCGGCGGCGCAGGCCGCGGCGCAGGUGGACCAGUUCGGGCGCAUAUAAUUUGGAUAGUUCUUA